ACUCUCUCAUAGCUGCGGACUUGAGCAAGCGAGCAAGCGGAAACGACGUCACACACCGAGCAAUGAUUCUGAUUGGUCGCUGUGAGAAUCCCGCGCUUGUGAUUGGCUGGCGUGCGUUGAGCAAAAAUUAAAUCAAACGUUUGAACACCAAAAGCAGGCUAGGAAACAGGAGCGAGGAGGAGGUCAGGCCUGAGGAUUUCCUCUGCAGCAUUAGGUGAAGAUCGUUCAGCACAGAGGAUGGGAGAUGUUGUUGAGGUCCAGAUCACUCCUGAAACUCCAGGAAGGCCGUCCAUCCGUAAUCCGUUCGAGAGUCCCACUGACUACCACCACCUGCACGAGCCCCUCGUCCCCAGCCCUUCUGUGUUCAAGUGCGCCAAGCCCUCGUCAGCUACCCCAGCCAAGUUUAAAUGGUCCAUAGACGAGUUGGCGAACCUUCUCCCGGUGCACAUAGACCCUGAGGACAUUCACCGACAAGCAUUAUAUCUGAGCCAGACCAGGACGGACACUGACAUUGAGGAGAAGCGUCAGAAUGCUAUAGAGAUGUUCUUCACUAAAGGUGCUAUAGUUCCUUCACCCUGGGCUCCACAAGCAAGUAAACAAUCAGUGCAGCCAAACUUCCAGAAAAGUCCUUUAUCUCCGGUUAUCGUAGAGGAGCCCCAGUCAGCAAAGAAAAUCAAUGCAACUUGUCAGACAAUCCUGUCUUUACCUGUGGACUUUAAUCUUGAAAAAGUAUUAGGAGAUUACUACAGGACUGAGGAGAUAUCAGAGCAGGUGCAGGAGAGUCUGAGCUCAUCUUCUCUGAGGAGAAAGCUGUUUCUGGACGGUCACGGCAGCGGAUCAGAGUCCUCUACUCCCUCCAGCCCGGACAGAGAGACCCCCGCUGGCAGCGCUGAGACCAUGUCCUCCGUCAUUGUCUCUCCGCCUGAGUGUGGAAUCGCCACAACUACACCUUCCUCUGGUCAGUUCUCCUCCAGCCCUAUCCAGGACCGGAGCAGAGCUUACAGUCUGGGCAGCAUAGCGAGUCCCAUGUUUCCAGAAAGAUCUUCUCCAGUGUUUCAGUCGCCCACUCUGUCCCCCAUUACCCUUCCACAUUCUCUCACUCCUCUAUCAGGUGAGAGGAAACGGCUGUCCUUCCUGACCCCCGAUGUUCUCCAGUCAGGUAGCAGAAGCAUGGCUGUGAACCGCUGUGGAGAAAGCCCCUAUGUGGAGGGCUGCUCUCCCAUCCGAAGCUGCUCUCCACUCCACCCUCGCACUAGAAACAGAGGCUGCGUCUGGGGCUCACCCGCCCACAUCUCCCCCAUUCUCCCAGACCUCCACGACAAGGAGAACAUCCACCCCAGCGAGCCUUUACCCACCAUGGACCUGGACGCUUGCUCUCCUGGGCCCAAGCAUGAGGGCCUCAGGCCUAGUUACACUAACAGCCCAGCAGCCUCCCUGCCCGACCUGGAGCAGAUGGAGCAGGGAGAACCUCCAGAGAGCGAUCUCAGCGAGGUACCCAUGGGGAAAGCUCUAGAGGAGGCUGACGAGGAGGUUGAGGAGGUCUGCAACUGGACUCCAGAGGAGGACACCAGCACGGCAUCACCAGUACGGUUAACCAGCUCUCGGACGGGCAACGUAUCCAACGUGGAAAGCACGCGCAUGUUCGUUUCUCUGCUGGCGGAAGGGAGCAUUACACCAUACGAUGUUAGCAUGCAGGUGGACAGCGGUUAUAACACGUACUCCACGUGCACUACCAGUCUAAUGGACGCCAUCAGUUCAGACAGCCAGAGCAAGGAGCUGCAGGACACACACACGGCCGAGGAGGGGCUCAGUUACAGUAAAAACACUAACUCUAAGUUGGUCAUACCACUCCACUGAACACGACGGACGGAUCAGGGACUUCUCUCCAUUUAUUCUAAUCUCCCAAAGCUCAGAAGAACAGAAACGUUUACAAUGUGUUUUUAUAUAAAGGUCUCAUGCUGUUGAACAGAAUUGUGAAGUUAGCAUUAUUAGCACAGGUGCUUUUUGAUUAUUAUAUAUACAUUUUUUUUAUACAAUCACAAAAACAAAGCUAUUGUGCUAUUGUAAAAUCUUUGCCUUAAAGAUGUGAAAAUUAUAUUGGAAACUGAGAAAACUUGACGUAAGAAUUGUGAAAUAUGCUAACUUCUAUUUAAGCUUUUGUUUAGUUUUUUUUUUUUUUUACAUAUUCUAAAUGAUCAAAAAAUAUUUUAUUCAGUGUUUCCUUUCUUUUGCAAUUUUUGUACAUGAAUUUACGCUCUUAGUUAUUUAUGAAUUCUGAAUCAUAACCACUAAAAUGCACAUGUGAGUGUGAUUAACUCGCAUGUUUAAUAUUGCUGGGUGUGGUAUUAAACCUGUAUGUUUCUGCUAAAUUGCAAUAAAGGAUUUUGACAUGAAAUUUAA